GGAUAAAAACGCUCAGUCUGCGAUUAUUAAAAAUCUUCGGAGCUGGGAGCUUCUGCUAGAGGGUGAAGAAAAGAGAGACGAAGCCAUGAAUGCUCCUGACCGUUACGAACGUUUCGUCGUUCCCGAAGGGACCAAAAAGGUUUCUUACGAGAGAGACACGAAGAUCAUCAACGCGGCGUCGUUUACUAUAGAGAGAGAAGAGCACACUAUCGGCAACAUUCUUCGCAUGCAAUUACAUAGAGACGAGAAUGUGCUGUUCGCUGGUUACAAGCUCCCUCACCCUCUUCAGUAUAAAAUCAUUGUUAGGAUUCACACCACAAGCCAGUCCUCACCGAUGCAGGCAUAUAACCAGGCUAUCAAUGAUCUAGAUAAGGAACUUGACACCCUGAAAAGCUCAUUUGAGGCUGAGAUCGCGAAGCAUUCAAGAGACUAUUAAUGUACAUUUCAACAGCAUUUGGUUAGAAGAUGGGUGUUUGGUGCCGGACAGAAGCUAAGAAAUGCUGAUUAUUGUAAUGAACUAAUGUUUUGAGUGAUGAAUGCUUAGUUGUGUACUUGAGGCUUUUGUCAAAGCACUGGUAGUUAUCCUGAAUAUCGAGACGUUUUGCAGCAUGUGGAACCACCUUUUAGUUUCUUGUAUUAUGAACAUUCAAGUAAUAUGAGUUUCCACAUGUUUGAUCCACCUCA